CGAAGUUAUAAUAUAACUUUAACUAAGUGUCUACUGGGGACAGUUUUAGUUUGUUAAAAUUUGCCGUGCUCUGCCCCUUUAAGAUCUCGUGGAUUCCUCCGUAGUACUUUCCGGCGCGGUUGCCUGGCAACGGUCAGUGGGCGGGAACAAGGAAGAGAGCAGCCGGUGGAGGAGCGGCAAGCAGGCGGAGCUCUGCGCCUUCGGAGUCCGCCUGUCGGAGUAAGGACGUGGGGCAGGACGCUAUAAACCCUGGCGGAACCUGACACCCGCUCAGCUGAGCCCUAAGAGCAUUUGCGGCGUGUUAGGGGCUUUUGUCAGAAGGUUCUCGAAGCGUCUUGGUUCACGCCGGAGGAAAAAAUGUCGAACCUCAACUGGAAACCCUUCGUUUUCGGCGGGCUGGCCUCCGUGACGGCGGAAUGCGGGACCUUUCCAAUCGACCUAGCCAAGACGCGUCUUCAGGUCCAGGGCCAAGUGGGGGACAUCAAAUACCGGGAGAUUCGCUACAGAGGCAUGCUCCAUGCCAUGAUGAGGAUCGGAAGAGAGGAGGGGCUCCGGGCGCUAUACUCGGGAAUCGCUCCAGCCAUGCUGCGCCAGGCCUCCUACGGGACCAUUAAAAUUGGCACCUACCAGAGUUUUAAGCGACUGCUUGUGGACAGACCAGAAGAUGAAACUUUGCUCACGAAUGUGCUGUGUGGUGUCCUCUCUGGAGUCAUAUCCUCCUCCAUCGCCAACCCCACUGACGUGCUAAAGAUCCGGAUGCAAGCUCAGGGGAGUGUGAUCCAGGGAAGUAUGAUGGGCAACUUCAUCAACAUCUACCAGGAAGAGGGAACAAGAGGACUGUGGAAGGGAGUCUCUCUAACGGCCCAGAGAGCAGCCAUCGUCGUGGGAGUGGAGCUUCCAGUCUACGACAUAACAAAGAAGCACCUGAUCCUAUCGGGUUGCAUGGGGGACACCGUGUACACACACUUCAUAUCCAGCUUUGCGUGCGGCCUGGCCGGCGCUUUGGCCUCGAACCCGGUGGAUGUGGUCCGGACACGCAUGAUGAACCAGAGGGGCGGAGCUCUGUACCAGGGAACGCUGGACUGUCUGCUGCAGACGUGGCGCUCGGAGGGCUUCAUGGCGCUCUACAAAGGCUUCUUCCCCAACUGGCUCCGCCUGGGACCCUGGAACAUCAUCGUAUCCUUUCACCCACCGACGUGCCGCCUGUGUGAUAUAACCUGCUCUCAUUUCUUCCUCACUUAUGAGCAGCUGAAGAAGAUGAACGUGUGAGCGGAGGGGCGGCACCGCGAGGGAGAGCUGAGCGCUGGGCGCCCGCGCUGAGAGGACCAAAAGCAGGACCGGCUGGACGGUGGCGGUGGGUGGUGGUGGGGGUGUUGGGUCCCUGUUGGAACCAGCGGGGGAAACGGGGUACACGGACGUAGACCCGAGUUAAAAGGAGCGGCCAGAUUCCUGUGCAGGGGCCGUUUGUCUCCUGAAGCCGUUAGCAAACGUGGAACAGGAGCCGCGACCCAGGAAAAAAAAAACUGCUUCCUUGGUUUUUUUUUUUUUUUUUUUUUUAAAUCGUCUUUUUUUUUUUUU